AUGACGUCCAAGCGCGCUCCUCGGGUCGCCACCUCGGCGUCGGCAAAGCGACAGAAGGCCGGCAGCAAGGCCGACGCUCCCCCGGCAGCCACCCCGGCGCCCGAAAAGACCCUCUACCUCGUCUUCAAGAGGUCUCGCGAGCCCGGCGUCGAAGACUGCGUCGACCGCAUCCUCGCCACAGCCUACCUCACAACCGAGGCGCAGCGCAACGGUUACGCGCAGUACGCACAGAAAAAAAGGGACGCGGCCAAGACCACGGCCAAUUCGGCGACGAGGGUCCACGCAGAGGCCAUGGAGAGCUACAUCGCCGAGGUCGAAGCGGCGAGAAAGGCCCACGAAGCCAAGCUGAAGGCGGCGAAAGACGCAGCUCAGACCGCCGGAACUCGCCAGGGCGAGGCACCGACCUCUGCCCCGGCCACGGUCACCACCACCGCGCCUCCGGCCGCUUCCCAGGCGCAGAGCGAUUCGGCGGCGUCCUCCGAUGCCGUCAAGGAGGCGUCUCAGCCUGGCGCCUCGCAAGCUGGCCCUCAAGACACCGCCGCUGGGAGCCUGGCGGGUCACGACAAAGCCGACAACAGCCACAGCGUCGCUCCCGACCGAGAGAGAGGCAAGCCGGAAGGCAGCAAGGACGGCAGUGACGCUGCGGACGAGGACGAAGGAGCCAGCGGCGACGAGGCCGAGUUCGAGAAGAGAAUCGCCGAAGAGCGACGUCUCCUUGGCGAGCCCAUCGGCGAGCUCCAGGGCUGGAUCAUGUAUCAGGACGCCCCGUCGAUGCGUGGCCUCGAGCGUUUCGAGACCUUCGACAAGCCCGGCCGCAGCACGCUCGCCCUAGCCGUCGAGCUGUUCGGGCCCGAGGGCUCUUCCCGCGUCCCAUCGUGCCCCGACUUGGCCAACGGUGGCCUCUUCGUCAUCGAUCGAGUCCGCGUCGAGCCCGAGCACCGCAGCCGAGGCUACGGCAUGCGCUUGGUCCUGGAGACGAUGGCCAACUACCUCCUCUAUUGGAGAACAACGAUCGUCCUGCCGCUUAUCCUCGACUCGGCCUCGACCAGGGCAAUGACUGAGGAGCAAUACGGCCAGGCGAACCGCCGCUUGGCCGACGCCUUCCGCCGCAACGGCUUUGCACCUCUGGGCGCGACACGCUACCUGAUCCAAGACAGGCGGGGGUUCGUAAGCGGCUUCAAGAGCUUCCCUGCCAGCCGUAGGCCCGCCGUCGUCGUGGCAUCUCCGCCGCUCUGCUGCUGUGAGGGCGGCCUGAGCCCUAGAAUGAAGGCUGCGCUCCGGGCCUCGGCAGAGCUCUCUUUCGACCUUGCGACCGACGCGCUCGACUGGCUGGACCCGAGGACUGGCGACGACUUCCUGGAGCCACUUGCCUUCCUGCCGCCCUUCAUGACGCUCACGAAGACCCAUGUCAAGGGCUUUGUGCACAUCCUCGGCACCGUCGGCGGCAUGUGCAAGGACGGCGUGACGCCGGACCCGGCCGCGAUCGAACGCUGGCUGGACGAAAAUCGCUUCUACAACUGGAAGGAGUCGUGGGCAUGGGCCCAGUGGAGGAAUUUCGUCAAGGACGGCGGUAGCGUCGUCGACGUGCUCGAUUUUCUGAUGCACCGCGUCGAGGCGGGCACCGACAUCGGACUCGAGUUCCCCGACGGGAAGCCACUGCGCAAGGACAAAAAGAGCCUGACCUGGCUCGACGCCACCCUGCCCCUGUGCCGGGAGCACGACGACGACUUCGAGGGGCUGCGCCAUCGCUGGUGGUCGGAGUGCGGCCGGCCGGCCUCGAUCCGCGGCCCGUACCGCGGCUAUCUCGUCGAGGAGUCGCUCGACGAGGGUGGCCGAGCCAAGGCUCUGGAUGAAGUCCCAGUCAGCCUCCUCCUGCGCUACGAGCGCGAGAACGGCAAGUUGCCCGCGUGGGUGCCCGAGGCUCUGGAGCGAGCGGAGCGAGCUGCAGGGGCUUGA